GAAUCGUGCUCCUCAUUUUCGUCGGCGUUCGAACUCCGCUCAACAUGACGGCCAUUAUGGAAUCGAUGCCACGCUUGACGCAGAAGGGCCCGUCCUGCGGAUCGACAUGUUUGGCAAUGUCCCUGGAGUUCCUUGGCCUGCCAUGCGACCCAGACAUCAUCGAGCGGCGAAUUCAUCCAUAUGGUGCUGUGGAUCUAGGCGAACUCCCUGCGGAAUUGGCAAAAUUCGCCCGGCAUGUGGGCUUCGUUGCUCAGCACUACAACUUCGGGACGCUGGAGCAGCUCAAACAGUAUCGUGAAAUGGGGUGCGCUGUGAUCGUGAUGUUGAACUACAACGGUGGGACCGGCCACUUGGUCAAUCUGCUGGGUUUCGAUGCUGAUGAUGAGGGGGUCGUUGGCGUUCGGAUUCGCAACCCGUGGGGGUUUGACGAAACCAUCCCGGUCGAGCGCUUCUUGAACGAGUGGCGCCAUCUGCGGCAAAGCAGGAGCUCCAUGGUGGGAUAUAUGUUGCCCGUUUUCGAUGCCGGCUAUGCAGUGGUGUCAUCGAGUGGUGGUUUGCCUGCGACGCCCAUUGUGGAUUGGCUCCAUUCGGCUCCGGUGGAUGUUCUCAUCGCAUCUUUGACAUUCGGCUGGGUGUGUGGUUUGCAUCGUCUUAGCCAGUUCUUCGGCAAUCUUCUUGGUGUUUUGGGUGGAGCCGGAGCCUACGCAGUCGGCAACCUUAUCGGUUUGAAUAUCGCUUUCGUGGGCGAUGAUUGUCUGCUCUUGCAGAAGAGCAGCCUUAUUAGCCGCAUGCUCGUCGCAGUGGGCUGGUCCUUCUCUGUGGCGGGUGGCCUCCUGGCUGCUGCUGUAUGGCUUCUCCGGCAACCUAUGGUGUUGCUGGGUGAGAGGUUUGCAGGCCGCGAUGCACUUUGCGAAGCCGUAUUCGAUGCAAGCUCGCCGCGUCUGCGCAGUGCACUAGUCCGGGCGGGAGCAGAUCAGCUUGCGCGCCAGGUUCACCUCCUCCGAGGUGGCCAUGGCGACGCAGAGUGGCAUGCUUGCGCCAGCUGGAGUGAGAUCAAUCGUGGGCGUAUAGGUCAGGAAGUGGAAGGUUGGCCUUGCUCCGCCGCUGCCAAGCGCCAGAGCGGCCAUCCCAAGGUGCCUAACCAAGAGCUGCGCAAGGUGCUGAGCAAGAACGGCAUCGGUUCUUCCAGCCCUUGCCUGAUUUCCACCGAAGUUCUUCUGGUGCCAGAUGCCAGGACUCGCCAGAGGGAGAUCUCGAGUGGAGAUUGGCAAGGCUCCAUGAUAACGCUUGUGAUGUCUGCUGUGUGGUUGCAAGUUUGGGACUUUGUUCUUUGGGUGCCUUCUGGUUCCGGAGAUUUCCCGGGAGUUUCACAAAGCAUCAAUGACACAUUUUACGGGAACUGGAAUAUUCAUAUCUGGGCUGAUCUCAACAGGUGGGAUGGCCGCCACUUCACGUAUUGUCUUGGCGACUACUUGGGCUGUGUCAAAGAUGAGAUUGCGACAGAGCUCAUUGGGACGUUUACGUGGGAGACAGGCAUCGGACUGCACGCAGUCUUCGCCCCCAGCAUGGCCUUCCAUGGAGACAAAGUGGGCACGGUGAUGUUUUCGCAUUCUGCCUACAAGAGCUGGGCCCACGAUGCGGCAGCGGGCCGACCCGCAGACAUGAUGGUGGCAUCGAACAAGACGUCGCUGCCGCCAGGAGUUCUUCCAGACCUGUCUCCAGACAUUCUGCUGAACUUCGACACCGGCUCUGCAGAACAUACGGCUCGUCGCAAGCUCUUGGCGGAUGCGCUUCCAAGCCUCGGGCAGGAGUUCCAACUGGACUUCCAAGUUCCCCCGGGCACAUCAGUGGACGGAAUCAGCAAGCGUGCGGUUUUCGACACGGUGGGCUUCAAUUUGUUCCGAGCAUUAUUUGGGGUCGACGUUGGGGCGGAGCUCGGGAUCAUUUUUGAAUAUGACGGCACUUUCACGCCUGCAGUGCUGGGAGCACCUGUCCUAGCUUUCCAAGGCCGCAGGCUUUCUGAGAUUCGUUCCACCGUCAUGAAGAAGGUGGAGGCUGGAGAAAUCGCCAGGAACUUCAUCGCCUUGGCAACAGAACGGGGUAUGUCGGGCAAGCAGCGCUUGGAUGAGAUGGUGUGGAUCGCCCUUUUUGCUGGAUACGGGGGAACAGGCAAUCUGGCAUACGAAACCUUGCGGCUGAUCUUGAAGGAUCCUGGCCUUUAUGUUCCUAUGUUUCAACGAGAUGCUGAUGCGUUUAUGUUGGAGGCGGCUCGCAUCAAGCCGCCUGUCGGGGGCAUGAACCCAGCUCAAUUCCGCAAGUCUACACAAAUCCAUUUCAACUCCAUCGGCAAGACCUGGACCGCCCAUGAAGGCGAGCUCACGAUGAUGCUGAGCAGCGGCGCCAACCACGAUCCUUCGGUGUUCAAGGAUGCCCACAAGUUCAUUCCUGGUCGUGAGAAUGCAGAGAGGCUGCUGUCGUGGAACAACGAGUGGGGUGCCUUCAAGACCUGUGACACCGUCGCAGGAUGCCCGGCAGCACCUCGUGGCUGUCCUGGAACUUUCCUUUCCAUGAAGCUUGCCAGGGAUACGGUGGCAGCCUUCGUCAAGACGUUGGCUACGAAGCCGAUUCCUGCGGCACGGGGGCUACUGCGAGCGGCUCUGGUGCGGGAGGAUGCGAUGUUUGCUGACGAGGUGCUGGGUGUACUGGGCCGGCUUGAGCAUCACCGUGGGCUGACACUCUCUCAGGUGGAGCUUGAUAGCUUUGCCAAACCACUGCUGCAGCGUGCGCUGCGCUGGUGUUGUCCUUCCGACGAUGAGGCUGCCGAGGAGUUGGCGUCACAAAGGAGGUCUUCAGCGGGAUGUGGUACAUCUCCGGAGAGAUCUCCUUUGUCCUUACUCGCAACCGAGCUUAUCCCGAAGUGGCUUGAGGAGGCGAAGCCGACGAGGCCCCGUGCAGACAGGCUGAAGCAGGCAGCCGAAUGCUGGUCCUCGGUGGAUCAGGGCCCCUCGGUGGAUGUUGAGGGCACUGUCCUGCUUCUCUCCGUCUGUUUGGAGAUUUCUGACCGGCAGUGCCUUCGACGGAGCUUAGAACUACUGCAGGAUGCCGGCGUGGAUCUUCGCCUUGCCUUGCAGCCGGCGUUUCUUCGCCGACUGGAGGAGCUGGGACUUUUUCAGCAAAGCUUGCCGAAUCGAAUGGCAGAUCUGGUUCAGGAGGCCGCGGGCCUUGCCACGCACGGUGAGGCCCUCGCGUGGGGACGCGGUGUGAACACGCGUAGCCAUGCGCCAAGUGAGAUAGACGGCCGCCGAGCGGCAACACUCAUAAAGUGGGUCGUAAGCGCGUGGCAGAACCUGGGUGGUCGGAGGACACAGGAGGAUCGUUUGGCCAUCUGUCCACUUCUAGGCAGCGAUGAUUCGGCAUUUUUCGGCAUCUGGGACGGAACGGUGGAUGAUUUCGCCGCUGACCAGGUGCAGCGCCUAGUGUUGCCUAACAUUCUGCAGACAGCUGGUUGGGCCUCGUAUCAGGAGCUACACCGAGAAACCACCUCAACAGACACGGCCUUGUCUGCCAAGAUGGAGUUCUUGCAGGCCAGUCUCAAGGAAGCCGUCCUCAGCGCUGACGAGGACGUCGUUCAGAAAUGUCGGGAUGCGCAGAAUCACUACUCCAGCUGCACUGGCGUAAUGGUGCUGGUUGCUGGUGGAGUACUUACGGUUGCCCACCUUGGCGAUUCUCAUGCUGUGCUCGGCUGUAUGGAGGACGGCGACUGGCAUGCUGAUGCCCUGACCGUGGCCCACAAGCCAAACACGCCGAGCGAGCGACAGAGGAUUGAGGAUUCUGGAGGAGUCGUACAGUGCAUAGACGACCGGCGCGGCAUGCUCAUGCGCGCUUUUCUAUGUGGUGGCGAUUUUGACGAGAGGAAGGCUCGUGGAGAUAAUCCUCGGCAGCUCGCAUACUCGCGAGCCUUUGGCGGGAAGGAUCUAAAGCCAUAUGGCUUGUCCAAUGAACCCGACAUCCGCCAAGUCGUCUUGAAUGAGCAACACAAGGUUCUCAUCAUGGCAUCCGACGGUCUGUGGGAUGUCUGCUCCGAGGAAAAGGCGGUGUACUUGGCCAUGGAUGCAGCAGAGCGAGAUCUGGAUGCAGCUCAAGUGCUGGUAGAGUUCGCGCUCACAGAGAACCGCAUCAACAGAACAAAGGCUGACAACAUCACCGUGAUCGCAGUAUUCUUCAAAUGA